AACCCAAGCAUAUUUUCAGGAUUUGCAUAGAAACCUUAUCACUUCCUUAUUCUGAUGAAUGCUGUGUGUCCAGUUAAGCCCAGGUAAGAUACGAGAGGGGGUGGUUAAACCAGUUACAUUUAUACUCAUUUGAAAGGUUUCGUUGAAAGUUAUCAUAUUCAAAAAGGGGGUUUGAGUUUUUAUUUGCAGCAGUGCCAUGGAGAGUCUCACUCGUGCUAACAGUCUCUUCGCUCUGGAUCUCUAUCGGGCUCUGAGCUCGAGGAACACCGAGGGAAACAUGUUCUUCUCCCCACUGAGCAUCAGCACAGCGCUCUGCAUGGUCUACCUGGGAGCCCGAGGACACACAUCUGAAGAAAUGGCAAAAGUUUUGUCCUUCGGUUCAGUCUCUGAUGUUCACUCUCAUUUUAAGACCCUCACUUCAUCAAUCAACAGUCCAUCAGCCUCCUACAUGCUCAAACUGGCCAACCGCCUCUAUGGAGAGAAAUCCUUCAGCUUCUUACGUGAGUAUUUGGACUCCAGCCUGAAGCUGUACCACGCUGACCUUCAGGCUGUGGACUUCAUUGGAGCAUCUGAGAAGUCAAGACAGCUCAUUAACAAAUGGGUGGAAAGUCAGACAGAGAAUAAAAUUAAGGAUCUUCUUCAGCCUAAUUUGGUAACUGAGUGGACUAGGCUAGUUGUGGUUAAUGUCAUCCAAUUCAAAGGGAAAUGGAUGCACAGAUUUGAAGAAAAAGACACUAAAGAAAUGCCAUUUAAAAUAAACCAGAAUGAGCGCCGGCCUGUGGAAAUGAUGUACCAGAAUGAUAAAUUCCCCUUCAGAAGCAUCCCAGAGUAUGAACUGCAGGUGCUGGAGUUGACAUACGUAGAGGAGGAGCUCAGCAUGUUGAUCCUUCUUCCAAAUGAAACUCAGGAUGGCUCGGACCCUCUUCUGAAGCUGGAGAGCGAGUUAACCCUUGACAAGCUGCUUGAUUGGACCAAAAGAGACAAAAUGUCCAGAUGGAUGCAAAUCAUUGUCCAUUUGCCGAAGUUCAAGCUGGAGAUUGAGAGCUCCCUAUCAGAAAUACUGCAAGAGAUGGGUAUGAUCUCUGUGUUCCAGGAAACAGAGGCUGAUCUGACAGGCAUGAGCAGUCAGGACGGCCUCUACGUGUCAGCGGUGGUUCAUAAGGCCUGUGUCGAAGUGAAUGAGGACGGCACUGAGGCAUGGGCAGUCAGUGCAUUGCUAAAUCCGGUAGGCUAUGCUCGUCAACAAUUUCAGAGUUUCACAGCCGAUCACCCCUUCAUGUUCUUCAUCCGGCACAACCCCACUAACAGCAUCCUCUUCCUCGGCAGAUUUAGAGGCCCAUCCUAGAAUUCUCGUGUUUUUUUCUCUGUUACAACCAAAUGAAGUGUGUUUUUCAUUGAAUGAUUUAUCAAAUAAAUAAAUUACACAAUA